AUGGCAGCCCUUCCCAAGACCGAGUACAUGUCUUCUGUAUGGCGUGAAGGCAUUUUCGACGGAAAAGUGGUAUUUUGUACAGGUGGUGCCGGUACCAUUUGCUCAGCCCAGGUCAGGGCACUUGUACAUCUCGGCGCCAACGCAUGUAUUAUUGGAAGAAACGUCGAAAAGACGGAAUCCAUGGCCAGAAGUAUAGCUACGGCUCGCAAGGGGGCAAAGGUCAUUGGCAUAGGUGCCGUUGACGUCCGGAGGAUACAAGACCUGGAGGCGGCGGUUGCCAGAUGUGUCAAGGAAUUGGGAGCAAUUGACUAUGUCAUAGCUGGAGCAGCAGGAAAUUUCAUCUCCCCUAUAGAAGGUCUCUCAUCAAAUGCAUUCAAGACGGUCAUCGAUAUUGACACGAUCGGCUCAUUCAACACGCUCAAAGCAACUGUCUCUGAACUUAUGAAAUCCGCAGCGAAGAAUCCUAACACAGGGACCAACCCUUCGACAGGCGGAAGGAUCAUCUUCAUCAGUGCCUCGUUCCAUUUUACCGGCGUGCCAUUGCAAGCUCAUGCUGCCGUGGCGAAAGCCGGUGUCGACGCCUUAUCCGCCAGUGUAGCUCUCGAAUACGGACCCCGCGGCAUAACCUCGAAUAUCAUCACACCUGGCCCAAUCGCUGGUACAGAAGGCAUGGCGAGGUUAGGAGAUAAAGAGUCCGAGGCCAGUGGCGAAGCUUUCAAAAAGAAUCCCUUGCAAAGAUAUGGGACGGUGAAAGAGAUCGCGGAUGGGACGAUAUACCUGUUCAGCGAUGCUGGAAAUUUUGUGAACGGGGAGGUUUUGGUCAUAGACGGUGGAGAUUGGCGCUCUCCUGGUACUGUAGGAGGGGCUAAGAACUAUCCAAGUUACCUCCUUGAUGGUUCUUUCACAAAAGCGAAGGCCGCGAAUAAGAGCAAGUUGUAA